AUGCGAUCUUUAAGUGAUAAAGUGCGAUUUGUGGCACUUCUACUACUAUGGUUAGUGACGGAUGCGAAACCGUUGAGUACAACAGCAAGGAUAAACAGCGGACGUUUGGCUGGAUCAGGAGGCGUAGUACGAAUUGGUCAUCUACAGCCGAACAAUCCAGUAAUUGCUCAUGAACCGGAAAUUCUUAAAAUGUGCGCAAACGAUUUAAAGGAACGAAAAAUACUGCCUAUCAACUACACUCUCACAGUGAUGACAAUGGAGAGCUGCAACAAAUUCUCAGGAGUUGAACACGCUGCCUUUUUGCACUAUAUGAAAAAUGCUACGGUUUAUUUUGGACCAGGUUGUAACAAUGAGAUGUUGGUGAUCGGAAGACUAGCUCCUCGCUGGAAUGUCCCUAUCAUUGCGCACAUGUCCGGAGACGAUGCUCUCAGCGACCGUACUGUGUUCUCCACCCUUGGAUCCGUAGCACUUACAUCGGCAAGUGAAAUGGCACGUGCUACUCUAUCAUUCUUGCAGCUGAACAAUUGGAAUGAGGUCGGCUUUGUGCGAUCUGCUGUGAACUACGAGCGGCUUUCUAUACAAUCAUUAAACAACCUCUGCAAAAAGCAAGAUAUUAAAGUGAAUGUGCUGGUUGAAUUUGACGAAUUCGCCUCAGCUGAAGACAUCGUUUCUUCCGGAAAACUGAAGCAGCUGAAGAACAAUGCAAGAAUCAUAAUCGUCGAAUUGGGUAUGGAUAUCCACUCUGCAACCAACUUUAUGCUUGCUGUUCACCGUACAGGAAUGAAAAAUGAAGAGUAUGUCUACAUCAUUCCGUGGCUCGCUCAUUUGAACGACCAUUAUCCCUGGGAAGCGACGAAUGCUGACAAGCAGGAAGUAAAAGCAGCAUUUGAAAAUGCGAUCAUUAUCACAGCACAUGGAUACGAUAAGAAGUUUUUCGAUGAAUUCCAGUUAAAAUUUAGCCAAGCAACUGGAAUGCUCAGCAGUUACUACGCGACCAUAGCCUACAUGUCCCUCUACGAUGCGUUAUUCCUUUACGGUCUAGCUUUGCGUGAUGCAUAUGAGGAUAUUGGGGGAUACGAUGUGCACCAAAAUGGAUCAUUUAUUUGGACGAAAAUGACUAACAGACAAUUUAUUGGAGCCACUGGACAAGUUCUCAUGAACAACAAAGCCAUCCGCGUGCCUAGUUAUGCCACAUACCACACAACUAAUGGUACACUUCGAAUUGUCGUUGAACUCGAAGCGAAGAAUGCAGAAAGAGAACAUUGCGAGAGAAAUCCUGAGCAGUGCUCCGAACACGUAGCUCAUGAGGUUGUACAAUUCUACUGGUCCUCGUCCACCGGUAAAUUGCCUGGAGCGAUGCCAUCAUGUGGAUUCACUGGCUCCUUAUGCGACUACACUACCUAUUUUGUACUUCUUGGCGUAACUAUUUUUGUGAUUACGAUAGUACCUUUAUCCUACUUCGUCUACUUGAAGCAGAAAGAAAGACUACUUUAUGAUAUGACUUGGCGUAUUCCACGGGACAGCGUGAGAAUUUUGGAUGCCAAAUCGAAAUCUGAGCACUCCCUCGCUAGUAGAUCUCAAAGCUCCGGCUCAUUCUCUGGGAGCUUAGGAUCGAAACAAAUGAUUUCUGGGCAACAGGCGAUGUCGAAUGGAGUGCGGCUUGCCGUGAAACGAUUUCAACAAAUGAGAAAUAUUACAUUCCCUAAGUCUGAGUUAAAACUGCUGAAGGAGUUGAAACUCACAGAAAAUGAGAAUCUCAACAAAUUCUAUGGUAUCUCCUUCAAUCAGCAGAACGAAUUCAUCGUUUUGUGGUUGUACUGCAACCGUGGAAGUCUUGAGGACAUCCUCUUCAACGAUGAGCUGAAACUUGGACGAAACUUUCAAAUUUCGUUUGCAAAGGAUGUGGUCAAGGGUCUCGCAUUCCUCCAUUCGUCACCGCUUUUAAUUCACGGUCUCCUAUGUCUGCAAAAUUGCUUGGUGGAUUCGAAUUGGACAGUGAAGUUGACGAAUUUUGGCACGGAAGCGAUCAUAUCUGAAAAGCUGUACCAUAAUGAGAUCAAACUCAUUGUAGCUGAGGGAGAGGACGAAACAGAUCGUUUGGCGGACAGAAAGUACGUGCAGCAAGCUCCCGAAAUCAUACGUGAGUUAGUAACUAGAAAGACACUGCCACCUGGUUCUCAGGCAGCCGAUAUCUAUUCGCUUGGAAUGGUGCUCUAUCAGAUCCUGUUCCGUGUUCAACCUUUCCACGAGAGAGGAAAAAGCAUUGCAAAGUUAAUGGAAAUGAUAUCUAUGUCGAACGAUGACGACCAGCUCAUUCGUCCAACAUUCCCUUCCUCACAAGGAACGGAAACUUAUAAUCUUCAGCUCCUAUCCUGCAUUGAAGCUUGUUGGCUUGAACUUCCUGAGAUGCGACCACAGGUAAAAAAGGUCAAGUCAAUGGUCAACGCGAAUCUACGUUCAACUGGGAAAGGAUCGCUUGUGGACCAGAUGAUGAAAAUGAUGGAAGAGUACACGAGCAACCUGGAGAACAUGGUGCGGGAUCGCACAGCCCUUCUUGAAGAGGCGCAAAAACAAGCGGAUCGACUUUUGAACAGCAUGUUGCCCAAGUCUGUCGCCGAGGAUCUGAAGGUUGGAAAACCAGUUCUACCUCAACUCUAUUCAUGUGCCACUGUAUUGUUCUCAGACAUUCGAGGAUUCACAAGGAUAUCGUCGACAUCUACGCCCCUACAGAUUGUUACAUUCCUUAACGAUAUGUUUUCCGGAUUUGAUGCCAUAAUCGCUAAGCAUGAUGCGUACAAGGUUGAAACCAUCGGCGAUGCUUACAUGAUCGUAUCUGGGGUACCAAAUGAGAAUGGCAACAAUCAUGUACAGCACAUUGCUGACAUUGCCUUAAAAAUGAGAGCGUUUGUCUCGAACUUCAAACUAGCACAUCGUCCUGAAGAGGUGAUGAUGGUCCGCAUCGGGUUCCACAGCGGCAGUGUAGCGGCCGGAGUAGUUGGUCUGGCUGCUCCGAGGUAUUGUCUCUUUGGUGACACUGUCAAUAUGGCAUCCAGAAUGGAGAGCACUGGAGUAGCAAACAAGAUUCAAAUUUCCGAGCAAGCACACAAUUUGCUCCACUGCUUCUUUCAGCAAUUCAUCGUCGUUGAAAGAGGAAAGAUCGAAGUCAAAGGAAAAGGUGAAUGCCUUACGUUCUACCUCGAAGGAAAAACGACAACGAAGAACCGGUGA